AUGGACUUUACAUUCCACAACGGGACCAAUGGCUCGUCGCCAUGGGUCGAAUUCUACCCCUACACCCCCUCCGCCUCAGCAGGAUAUGCCUUUAUGUCCAUCUUCGGCAUCGCAACAGUCGUGCACAUUAUCCUCAUGUUCCCUUACCGCGCGGCCUACUUCAUCCCGCUCAUCCUAGGAGGAAUCUGCGAAACCUUCGGCUACUACGGCCGCGCAUGGUCCCACGACGAAGGCAGAACCGCAAUCGGCCCCUGGGCGCUGCAGGAGAUGCUCAUCCUCUGUGCACCUCCCUUCAUCGCCGCAAGCAUCUACAUGGUCCUCGGGCGGAUCAUCCGCGCCUUCAGCGCAGAGCACCACUCCGCCAUCCGCACAAAGUGGCUGACAACUAUCUUCGUUCUCAACGACGUCAUCUGCUUCCUGACGCAGCUUGCCGGCGCAGGGGUGCAGAUUACCGGUGACCCGCACGUCAUGGCGAUCGGCAAGAAGGCCGUCCUGGCGGGGUUGAUCUUUGCGCUGGUGGUCUUUGGGGUGUUUGUUUGGGUGGCGGCGGUGUUUCAUCGGAAGUUGGAUGCAGAGCCGACGGCUGUGGUGAGGGAGUGUCCGCGGUUGGGGUGGAAGAAGUACAUGUGGGCGAUUUAUGUCUCGUGUGGGAUGUUGAUGGUGAGGAAUUUGGUGAGGACGAUUCAGUUUGGGUCGCCGAAGGGGUCACCUUUGAGUACGGAGGAGGCGUAUAUAUAUGUUUUUGAUGCGGCCUUGAUGCUUGGUUCGAUUGGGGUGUUGGUUGUUUGGCAUCCGGGGAGGUUGGUGCGGAGGGCUCAGAAGGCGACCAAGGCGAGUCAGAUGUGUGUGCAGAUGGAGGAUGCGCCUGAUAUCCCGUUGACGGGAUAUAGAGAGGUUUAG